ACAAAAACCAGUCGUUACAUUAUUCAGGUAGUGACAGCAAUAUAACCUACACAAAACCACUGAUCCGAGAUCACAGAUACCUCCCUCCCGUCACUCCAAAAUUUCUCCAGUUUAGGGUUCUUAUUCUAAUCUCCCCAACAAUGUGGAGAUGUAUAACUGCAUUAACAACCGUAUUUGUAACAUUAGUGUUAGUCAAAGGAACGAGGUUCGAGAUCAAAACAGGCACCACUAAAUGCAUAACCGAUGAUAUUCAAUCCAAUUCCUUAUCCGUUGGAAAAUACACUAUCAUCAAUCCUCAUCAAGACUAUCCUCUACCUGAUUCUCAUCGCAUCAAUCUCAGGAUAACCUCGCCACACGGGAGCAAUUGUCACUAUGCAGAUAAAAGAGAAUCUGGUACUUUUGCAUUCACUGCUUAUGAGGAUGGGGAUUAUAUGGCAUGUUUCUGGGUUGCGAAACACAAUCCGUCUGCAACACUGACUAUCGAGUUUGAUUGGAGAUCUGGUCUGGCUGCAAAGGAUUGGUCUAAAGUAGCUAAAAGAGGACAACUUGAGAUGAUGGAAGUUGACUUGAAGAAACUAUCUGAUACCAUUGCUAUCAUCCAUGAUGAAAUGUACUAUCUUCGCGAGAGGGAGGAAUCAAUGCAAAUUCUAAUUAGAUCAACCAAUGCGAAGAUGGCGACGUUUAGUUUCUUCUCGCUCCUCGUUUGCUUAGUAGUGGUUUCUAUCCAACUCUGGCAUUUGAAGACCUUCUUCGAGAAGAAGAAGGUUAUCUAGUGUUGUAGCUUUUUUUUCCCUGAUCGAAUCUAUUACCUUCAUUUUUUUAA